CAGGAGUUCCACGAGUACAAAUCAAAAUUCUACAGUACAGUAGCACCAAAAAGUCAGUGUACGGUCAAUUUAACUUGAAAGUGAAAUCCUUCGAAAACACGCAAACAAAAUGUUCACUUUAUUUGGUCUAUUCAUCAUCGGUUUGGGAGCUACCACCGCCAUUGAAUUGGGACAUGCACCACUGUUGCUCAAGCCGGCGCUAGUCAAGACCGUCGAAGUCGAGGCACCAGCUCAUUAUGAUUUCUCCUAUUCGGUGCGCGAUGAUCACACCGGUGACAUUAAGAGCCAAACGGAAUCCCGUAAGGGCGAUGUGGUGCAAGGACAAUAUUCAUUAGUCGAUGCUGAUGGCUAUCUACGCACCGUUGACUAUACAUCCGAUGCCCACAAUGGCUUCAAUGCGUUAGUGCGUCGUGAACCACUCGGUCAGAAGGUGGUUAAGGCAAUUGCACCGGUAGCCAAAGUACCGUUGCUCUCCUUCGGUUUGUCCGGCAAGUACUGAGCAUAGGGGGCAAUGAAGCGAUUUCGAACGAAUAGCAGGGUAGUUGGUUGAACGAACGGUUAAAUCAACACAUUGUCACACAACCAAAUCAUUAAGCAAUGCAAAUCGAUUCUACGGGUAGUUUACAUUUAAACAUAUAUUAUAUACAUAUAUACGUAAUAUAUAGAUUUUUUAAGUUCACUACAUUUUGAGUACUCACGCGUCAACCACGAAACACAACAUACAAAUACACAUGCAAUUUUAA